AGCCUCGCGCUGCAUCCUCUCUUUUCUACACUCAGACUUUCCGGUUUAUCUGUAUUCUACCUAGACCGCGCUGGGAUAGACCUGUUACGACCCACAUAAUAAUGGCCUCGCCAGAACCGCAGGGGCGCAGCACUCCUGCAGAGGAGACAGAAUCCCGCGACCAAUUCCCUACAUUCGCGACUGUAGAGUCCCCCCAGCCCGAACACAAGACCCCUGGCCGUCGCGGCAGCACUUACUCGCACGCCUCCCAUGUUUCUCUCGACCACUUUGACCAUGAAGGAGUGGAGGCCCUGCGGAGGACGCUGAGCCGGCAGUCACAGGCAGCAGCAGCGAACAAGGAGAUGGCGGAGAGCCUACACGCAAGCGAGGCUACCGUUGCAGGGACCGAUGAACCAUUUGACUUCGAGAAGGUCCUGAGACGCACAGUGCAAAAGCUUGCAGAGUCGGACAUCAAGAAACGAGAGUUGGGAGUUGUGUUCCAAAACCUGAAGGUGGUCGGAAUGGGAUCCACAGCUUCGUAUCAGCAGACCUUGGGAUCUUUACUCAAUCCCACGACCAUGGUCGAAUCAAUCCGGAAGCUCCGUCACCCUCCUCUCCGCGAUAUUCUGGCCGGUUUCGAGGGGGUGGUUCGCCCCGGAGAAAUGCUCCUCGUCCUCGGCCGCCCCGGCUCGGGCUGCUCGACCCUCCUUAAGACUCUCGCCAACCAGCGCGAUGAAUACUACGCCGUGCAAGGUGACGUCAUGUACGAUGCCUUCAGUCCCCAAGAUGUCGCGAAGCACUACCGCGGGGACGUGCAGUACUGUCCGGAGGACGACAUCCACUUCCCGACGCUCACCGUGGAGCAGACGAUCUCGUUCGCAGCGAAGGUGCGCACGCCACGCGCGCGUGUCGAUGGCAUCAGCCGAGAGCAGUAUGUCGCGCACGUCGUGGACGUGCUGACGACGAUUUUCGGGCUGCGGCACGUCCGGAAGACGUUGGUCGGUGAUGCGAGCAUUCGUGGUGUUAGUGGUGGCGAGAAGAAGCGGGUUAGUAUUGCCGAAGCGCUCGCGACGAACAGCCUCUUGAACUCCUGGGACAACUCCACUCGUGGGCUUGAUUCCUCUACGGCCCUUGAGUUUGUUCGCGCUCUCCGAAUCGCGACGGAUGUUUAUCGGCAGUCUACUGUCGUCUCUAUUUACCAAGCGGGUGAAUCCUUGUACGAAUUGUUCGACAAGGUGUGCGUCAUCUACGAGGGCAAAAUGGCGUACUUCGGCCCCGCCGACCGCGCGAGGCAGUACUUCAUCGACAUGGGCUACGAGCCCGCCAACAGGCAGACCACGGCGGACUUCCUCGUGGCCGUGACCGACCCGAACGGGCGCAUCCCGCGCGAUAUGCCGCACCCCAUUCCGCGCACCGCGACCGAGUUUGCGGAGCACUUCCGCAAGUCUGAACUGGCAGCGCUGAACCGCGACGAUAUCGAGGCGUACAAGGCGGAGGUGCAGAGCCAGCCCCAGCGCGCCCUGGAGUAUCGUCAGAGCGCGAAGGCGGCGCAUGCGAAGCAUACGAACCCGAAGAGCCCGUAUUUGAUCUCGGUGCCGAUGCAGACGCGCGCGUUGAUCACGCGGAGGGUACAGAUUCUGAGGGGGAAUAUGGCGGGGCAGGUGGUUAAUCUGGUGUCGUUCAUUAUUCAGGGCAUCAUCAUGGGUACCACUUUCCUCCGCGUCCCGAAUAACACCUCUGCGUAUUUCUCUCGCGGCGGUAUUUUAUUCUUCGCUCUGCUGUUCUCCGGUCUACAGUCCAUGGCGGAAAUCCCCGCUCUGUUCGCCCAGCGCCCGAUCGUCCUCCGGCAGUACAAGGCUGCCAUGUACCAUCCCUUCGUCGAGGCGUUGGCCAUGACGCUCGUGGAUAUCCCCGUCACGGUCACCACCCUUAUCGUAUUCGCUAUCAUAAUUUACUUUUUGGUCGGGCUCCAGUUAUCGGCGGCACAGUUCUUUGUUUUCUUCUUGUUUAUUUUCACUAUGACCCUGACACUUAAGGCGUGGUUCCGCGCGCUUGCGGCGUCGUUCAAGGAUCCGGCUCCUGCGCAAACCAUCGCUGGUGUGGUCUUGCUCGGUUUGGUCCUAUACACCGGCUAUAACAUCCCCAAGCCGUCUAUGAUCGGUGCUUUGCGGUGGAUCACGUAUAUCAAUCCUCUGCGGUACGGAUACGAGGCGAUUCUGACCAACGAGUUCCGAACCUUGAACGGCACGUGCGCGACUCUGGUGCCGUCAGGUCCAGGAUACGACACUGUUUCAUUGGCCAAUCAAGUAUGCACCACGGUUGGAUCCGCCCCUGGGCAGCCGUACGUCGACGGGAACCGAUAUGUCGAACUUUCCUACGGGUAUAGCUACAGUAACACUUGGAGGAAUUACGGCAUCGUCGUUGCAUUUGGUAUCGCCUUCUUGGCCGCGCUGCUCCUGGUGACCGAGUUCAAUACCGCAGCGGGCGCUGAGACCGCUGUCAUGCUCUACAAGCGUGGCACGAAAGCCCCGGUACACGAGGAAGAGGAGAACGGCAAGGGCGAUCCGGAGAAAGGCGGGGCCACGGCGACGGCUGACUCGACGCGCCCUGGGUCGCUGGCGGAGACGGAGAAGGUCAUUGCACAAGCGGCCCCGAAGAUGCAGGACGUGUUUACUUGGCAGCACUUGCAGUAUGUCGUCCCUGUUGGCGGCGGUGAUCAUCGCAAGCUUCUCGACGACGUCUCGGGAUACGUCGCCCCGGGCAAAUUGACCGCUCUCAUGGGCGAGUCGGGUGCCGGAAAGACUACGCUGUUGAACGUCCUCGCCCAGAGGACGUCUACUGGAGUCGUGACUGGUGACCGUUUUGUCAACGGGCAAGCCCUCCCUGCGGAUUUCCAGGCCCAGACCGGUUACUGUCAACAGAUGGAUACCCAUCUCGAGACGACCAGUGUGCGAGAAGCCCUCCUGUUCUCGGCUAAGCUGCGUCAGCCCCAAUCGGUCCCGUUGUCGGAAAAGAAGGCAUAUGUCGAGACCUGUUUGAAGAUGUGUGGUCUGGAGGAUCAUGCCGAUGCUAUAGUUGGUACUCUUGGCGUUGAGCAUCGCAAGAGGACUACUAUUGGUGUUGAGCUCGCGGCAAAGCCCAAACUUCUGUUGUUCCUGGACGAGCCGACAUCUGGUCUUGAUUCACAGAGCGCAUGGGCAAUCAUGCAAUUCCUCCGAAGUUUGGCAGAUAACGGCCAAGCUAUCCUGUGCACGAUUCACCAACCUUCGGCCGAACUGUUCCAGGUGUUCGACAAGCUGUUGCUCCUCCGUAAGGGUGGCCAGACCGUGUACUUCGGAGAUCUUGGCAGACAUGCAACCACCAUGAUCCACUAUUUCGAGAAGAACGGCUCCCGCAAGUGCGCUCCUAAUGAAAACCCGGCUGAGUUCAUGCUCGACGUUAUCGGUGCCGGCGCGACAGCUACUACUGACCGCGACUGGCACGACAUUUGGAUGCGAUCCGAGGAGAACCAGCGAACGACGAAGGAGAUCGAAGAAAUCCACGAAGAAGGGCGUCGCAGACCACCGGUCGAAGCCACUGUCCAUACUGAAUUUACUACGUCAUGGCUGUACCAAGUUCAGGAGCUUACUCGGCGCGACCUCUCUGCCCACUGGCGCGACCCCGUCUAUCUCAUGGCUAAGAUAAUGCUCAAUAUUCUGUCUGGACUUUUCAUCGGCUUUACGUUCUUCAAGUCGAAGGACACCAUUCAAGGAACACAGAAUAAGCUCUUCGCUAUCUUCAUGGGUACAAUCAACUCCGUUCCGCUGGCCAGUCAACUCCAAGUUCCCUUCAUCCGUACCCGGACGAUCUAUGAGAUCCGUGAGCGACCGAGCCGAAUGUAUAGCUGGACCGCCCUUGUCACAGCCAUGAUUAUCGUUGAGAUCCCAUGGAACAUCUUUGGCUCCUCGCUGUUCUUCUUGUGCUGGUACUGGACGGUUGGCUUCCCUACGAGCCGAGCUGGUUACACCUAUCUCGUAUACGCGGUCGUGUUCCCGCUGUACUAUACGACUAUCGGCCAAGCGGUUGCUGCUAUGUCGGCGACUGCAGAAAUCGCUGCCAUCCUGUUCAGUUUCCUGUUCUCGUUCGUCCUGACAUUCAAUGGUGUCAUGCAGCCGUUCCGCUUGCUGGGCUGGUGGCAGUGGAUGUACCGUGUUACCCCGUUCACUUAUCUCAUUGAAGGACUUCUCGGACAAGCCGUCGGGAGGUCCCAGGUCCGCUGCAGCGCUGUCGAGUACGUUCAGGUCAACCCUCCCUCUGGCAGCACGUGCGGGCAAUACCUCCAGAACUACAUCGCGAAUGCGGGUGGUUAUCUGACAAACCCCGACGCCACGUCGCAAUGCAACUACUGUUCCAUAAACAGCACGGAUGCAUUCCUCGAGGGCAACUUCAACAUCUUAUACUCUCGUCACUGGAGGGAUUUGGGGCUGCUCUUCGUUUAUAUCGCUUUUAAUAUUACAUGUGUCUACGUCUUCAUGUAUCUGUUCCGUAUACCUAAGAAGGGCUCGCUGGGCGGUUGGCUAAAGAAGCGCUUUGCUCGACGGGCUUGAUUUUAUUUUGCAUCUACCAUUUAUUAGACUUCCUAGAUUGCACAGACAGACCUGGAACAUUCGCUAUGUAACCGCUAAUCGCCUAACGUACUUACGGAACUCCUUGCGGCUGUAUACUAAUGAUAUGCAAAUGGACUUGCACUGCACAAUACAGAGAAUCGUCUUCCCGUAAUCACAUCCUGCCUUUCGUAUGCUUUUCUGGGACUUUAGAACCAAAUGUCUACUCAAAACU